GUCGUUGAAAGUGUUAGCAACAUAUUUUCCGAAUUAUCCUUUAAAUCGUAUUAAUUAAAAAAGACUAUUCUAUUUAAAUGAUCGUGUGUGAAAUUAGUACAUACAUAUAAAAAUUCUAUAAUUCCGAGCAAAGUUCCAGUUUUCUUUUAAAAAAUAAGUUCUAAGUAUUCCGAGGUGAAAAUGGAAAACAGUACUGAAUCUAAUGACGAAGUCAACUUUAACGGAUCAAUAGCAUUAUACGAAGCCACAUGUGCAAAAGUGAACAUGAUCAACAAUAAAUCGAAAGAAGAACAUAACAUUGAACAAUUAAUGGAAUCGUGCGAAAUCACAUCUACAAAAGUGAAAAAAAGGAGCAAAGAUUCCAAACAGAUGGAUAACUCUGAAGAAUCGGGCGCAAAUAUAUCCUCAAGAACAGAACCGGAGAGCAACUCUGAUUGUGAAUCUGAAGAGGACGACUGGAAUGAGUCAAUGGAAUUAAUCGAAGUCACAUCCGAAAAAAACGGAGCAAAAAUUAUAUUUGCAACCGAUGAUUUUUACGGCGUGGCUGAAAAUCUACUUAAAAAUGAUGAUCCUGUAUGCAAUGAACACAUGAUGUUCAGUAACAAAACCAACAACAAUGUCGACGGAUGGAAAACCCAAAAAAUGCGAAAUGAACGGCAUAAUUUUGUUAUUAUCCAAUUACCCGGUGCAACUGUUAUACAGUCCAUUUGUAUAAACACUGCCUGCUUUAUCAACGAGUUUUCAGAAUUUUCCGUACAAGGCAAAAUGCUAUCCGAACGUUUAAUUGGCAUUAAAUAUAAGCCAAAUCGUACAAAUAAAUUAGGCACAUCUUGCAAUAUGGAAGACUACAUAUCCAUGCACGAUAAUACAAAGGAUUGGAACUAUUUGAUUUUACCAUCCACUCUGAGCUCCGGCUAUCCAUCUAUGUGUAAAAAGUCCUUCUGCGUCUUACCGCAUUACACCGUGACCCAUUUGCGACUCAAUAUUUUCCCAGACGGAGGUAUUGCCAGAUUACGCGCUUACGGAGUAGUGUUGCCCAUGAUUACAAAAAUAAAUAGGGACAUUGAUUUAAUCUCCUCUUUGUAUAAUAGUCAUUGUACAUUAUUCAGUGACAGUUCCAUUGGACAUCCUAAUAAUAUUAUUCUACCUAAUGAAGCCACAAGCAUUGUUGAAGGAUGGAAUACUGUAGAAAAACAUUACAAAUACUACAAAUUUAAUGAAACGUCAUUCGAUGAGAUAUCGGUCGAAUCCUGGGCUAUAUUUAGGUUGGGAUGCAGAGGCACAGUCACUCAUGUUGUUAUUGAUACAAGACUUUUCACUGGCAAUGCUCCAUACAUGGUACGAGUGCAAGGAUGUUUUGGAAAAACUGAUGAUAAUUUAAACGACAAAUGGGAAAAACUCAUAUCGGAUGUUCAUAUAAAUCCGGGCACGGAGCUAUCUAUUACUGUGGACAAAGAUCAGAAUUCUAUCGUAAAUUGGGUGAAAAUAACAAUUAAACCAGAUGGUGGUAUAUCUAGAUUUCGAGUUUUUGGCAAACCUAAAAUUGAUUGGACAUGUUUGAUUCAACAAAUAAAAACUUUGACGACCAUUGCGCUUUACGUUAAGAUCUGCAUUCGCAGCGGCAAUUUCGUCUACGGCUACGAAGAGCUUGACGCUAUGCUGUACGAUUUGAAGAUUCUCAAGCAUCACGAAGUGAACGGACUCGUCUUUGGCUUGUUGAUAGGCGAUUGCAAAAUCGACUUGUCGCAUCUAAAAUUAUAUUUGCAACCGAUGAUUUUUUACGGCGUGGCUGAAAAUCUACUUAAAAAUGAUGAUCCUGUAUGCAAUGAACACAUGAUGUUCAGUAACAAAACCAACAACAAUGUCGACGGAUGGAAAAUCCAAAAAAUGCGAAAUGAACGGCAUAAUUUUGUUAUUAUCCAAUUAUCCGGUGCAACUCAUAUACAUUCCAUUUGCAUAAACACUGCCUGCUUUAUCAACGAGUUUUCAGAAUUUUCCGUACAAGGCGAAAUGCUACCCGAACGUUUAAUUGGCAUUAAAUAUAGGCCAAAUCGUACAAAUAAAUUAGGCACAUCUUGCAAUAUGAAAGACUACAUAUCCAUGCACAAUACUACAGAGAAUUGGAACUAUUUGAUUUCGCCAUCCACUUUAAGCUCCGGCUAUCCAUAUAUGUGUAAAAAGUCCUUCGGCACUUUACAGCAUGAUUUAGUGACCCAUUUGCGACUCAAUAUUUUCCCAGACGGAGGUAUUGCCAGAUUACGCGCUUACGGAAAAGUGAUGCCCAUGAUUACACCAAUAAAUAAGGACAUUGAUUUAAUCUCCUCUUUGUAUAAUAGUCAUUGUACAUUAUUCAGUGACAGUUCCAUUGGACAUCCUAAUAAUAUUAUUCAACCUAAUGAAGCCACAAACAUUGUUGAAGGAUGGAAUACUGUAGAAAAACAUUACAAACAUUACAAAUUUAAUAAAAUGUCAUUCGAUGAGAUAUUGGUCGAAUCCUGGGCUUUAUUUAGGUUGGGAUGCAAAGGCACAGUCACUCAUGUUGUUAUCGAUACAAGACUUUUCACUGGCAAUGCUCCAUACAUGGUACGAGUGGAAGGAUGUUUUGGAAAAACAGAUGACAAUUUAAACGACAAAUGGAAAAAACUCAUAUCGGAUGUUCAUAUAAAUCCGGGCACGGAGCAAUUUAUUACUGUGGACAAAGAUCAGAAUUCUAUCAUAAAUUGGGUGAAAAUAACAAUUAAACCAGAUGGUGGUAUAUCUAGAUUUCGAGUUUUUGGCGAACCUAAAAUUGAUUGGACAAAAUAAAUGGAAGCUCUAGAAUAAGGUGAUGACGAUUUAUGAUAAAUAUCUUAUACUAAGAAGAAAAAAAAUUGUUGCUGUAACAAUAUUUUCACUAUAAUAAUCUUUGUAACAAUAUCACUAUAAUAGUGCUUUUUAGCG